AGGAACAUCGCGUUGUUUAAUCUGUAAACACAGGCUCACCGAUGGCUGCCCGUUGGCUAUGCAGGACCACGAAUAUGAUCGGUCCGUGACAUCACGCACACUUCCCCUGCAGCGGCAGUCGGCUGCCAGUAAAAUAUUGUCUAGGACUUUAAAUCUGAAGAGGUAAGACCGUGUUCUUGAAGGGCAUCUGCUCUUAGGGAUCACCUCAGUUCUCUAAACUAAUUCUGCAGUUCAGCCUGUUUAGGAAACCCUUUGAUGGAGGGAAGAGGACGAUGGAUCAUGGCAGUCAGCAACCACACACUCAGCAGAUGCCAGGACCCUUCGCAGGUUAUGCGGGACCCCAGGGCCCGUACCCUGGGCAGCACCCAGCCCUGUCACGGCUGGACGAGGUGCAAAGAGAGAUUGCCACCCUGGGCCCUCAGGUGUGCUCUUACAGCGGCCUGCAGAGCGACAGAGAGUACAAACGACUGGAGCGAGAGCUGACCCGAUUACUGCUGGAGGUCGAUAAGGUGGAGACGGAGGGCCGGCCGGAGCUUCAGCAGGCUCGGAAGCGUGCAGCAGGAGAGGUGGAGGGUCUGCUUCGCUACCUGGAGGGCAACGCUACCCAUCCGUCUCGGCUGGCCAUCGAGGAGCUGACCCAGGAGGUGCAGAACUUGCUGAAUGAAGGGGUCGUGGGGCCGUUCCGGCAGGGCCAGGCUCAAGAUGCCUUUGAGAUCAGUGAGGAGCUGGUGGAGGCUGUGCAGGAUGUGGCCAUGCGGCUGGCUCAGGUUAAGACUGGUGGAAGUGUCCCGCUCAGGAAGGCCCGUUACAAAGCGCUGACUCGGGUCUGUGCCGUACAGGAAUUACUGGAGGGUCGUGUCCGCACUCAAACGCUGGCGCUGCCGCUGUCCGAUGACACGCAUGAGGCUGUGCAGCGUAUUAAUCAAGUCAUGGCGCAGGUGAGUGGAGCCCGGUGUCAGGAGGUGGCUCUGCUGAUGGGUCUGAGCGGGCGUGAUAGCUGUGCCCACCUGGCGAGGGUCCUUACAGAGCUGUUGGUUGAACUGGACGCCCUGGAUGUGUCUAGUGAUGCUGCGGUGAGGAACUACAGAAAACAAGUGGUGGAGGAGAUCAAUGGUCUGCUAAAACAUCUUGACCUGGAGGGAGAAGGAGAGGACACACGCAGGUAUGAUCUAGCGCAGAAUGACUCGAUCCGUGAAAUCGAGGCGAUCAGGGGCCGUGUCUCAGUGCUGCGGGAGGAGGUGCUCCGGCACGGUGCUGCAGGACAGGGGGCGGAGCUGCAAGGUCUCCUCACGCGACUGGAUCAGGUGGACACGGGCAAAAAUCCCUGCAUCCGGGAGGCGCGGCGCCGGGCCGUGCUGGAAGUCCAGGCACUCACCACGUUCCUAGACCUCUGGGAAGCCCUCGGACGGCGUAACCCCGGAGCAGAUGAGCCCCCGUCUCAUGCGUCUGUGUGGCACGUCUUAGCCAGCCUGUGCAACCUGCAGGCUCAGGUUUUGGGCUUUGAUGGCAAGAGGGCUGACAAGAGCUACAUGGUAUUAGAGGAGCUACUGACCAAACAACUUCUGGCUCUUGAUGCUGUGGACCCUCAGGGUGACCAGGGGACCAAAACUGCCCGUAAGCAAGCUGUUAAACAUGCCCAGAAUAUCCUAAGUUACCUGGAUAUGAUGACGGAUGAGUGGGAGUAUUGAGAAGCUGAUAAAAGAGCCUGGGAAUAAGGAGCUGCAAGGAAAAAGGCAAAAGCUUUUUUUGCCUCUUGUGCAACAAAUGAGGACACGGUCGUGCCGAGGAUACGGGCCAUGGGCGGAAUUUUUAAUUUGUGUAUAAAAGACUUUGCGUUUGGCUGUGGGCAGCGAUAUUGUUACCCAUGAUGCACUGCACCUGCUGCUUUUAUUGGUCCAUUACUGGUCCCUGAAAGCUGCCUUUCUCCAGGCAGAAGGAAAGCUGGUUUCUACUGCACACGAAGUGUUUGUUUUCAUGACAAUAACCCACAAUCUUUUUAGUUGAAUCUGUGCUGUUGAUUGGUGUGGUGUGGUGCUACACCCUGUUCUGCUGUCAAAAUCUGCUUCCUUCCUUUCCCACAUGCCCGGGUGGAGCACACUUCCGUCUUUGUGGCGGUGUGAGUACAUCAGCUCUUUAAACAACAACUGACCCACAGGGAACAAUAUUUUAGCAUUUCCCUGAAACUUCUACAUAUAUGUCCCCAUUUAUGUUAAAGGAAUAGGUCACCCUAAAAUUAUUAUUUAAUUUUACAAUAGAUGAGUGAAUAAACAUUGGUUUGUGAUAUCAGUUUAAAGGUGAAGUGUAGUUUCUGGGCCGUUUGUGACAGCAAAUGGACAGUGUUUACACUUUUUAGAGUAUUUAACAUGAAAUGACACUUCACUUUUAAAGAAGACUCAAGGAAAGCUAAAAAAAAUACAUAAAUCAGACUUCUGAACCUUCCUGCAGUUCUGUCAGAUUUCAUAGAGGACUGUGGCCAAAAUGCAAUGAGGUGUAUUGUGUUUGGAGAGGUUUCUUUUUACUAUGGAGGACAAAGAAUAGAAACUAGUUUGCAGGGUUUCUUGUCUUCUCCAAUUGUAUUUUGCUGUUAGGCAAAAAGUGCCUGCGCAGGCGACUAGGGAAUCAAACCGAGACUGAAAGUGUGUGUGUCUGUGAUCGUUAAAAAAAAGUGGCGUGUGCUAUUUUGGGUGGUGAGACUGAUCAAAGUGGACAGGGGCGUUCUAGGACAUUUUUUAUCGGAGCAGCAGGGAAAGCAAGCAAGCUAUCAAACAAACUUAAAAACUGUGGAUACAUUCACACAGAUCAAUGUGACCCAAAUCUGAAUUACAUUUUUUUUUUUUUUUUUUUUUUUUUUUGCACAUGAUAGAUCUGGGGUUUUGGGAUGACACUAUUAUGAAACAAAUAUAGAUUUGGUUCACUUUCAUAUGUGGGUAUAAAAUUUAAUUAAGCGAGACCCCAUGUGACUUUAGAAGGUUUUCAUCAUAUUUGCAUAUUGGAUUUAUCCUUGGUUUGACUCAAAACAAAUAUAUGAAUUACAUACUAUUAAAGUACUACACAUAAAGGUGCAAAAGUAUAUCAUCUUAUUCUGUUUCUUGACUGUUUGCUCUCAAAUAUUGUGGAGCUUGUUUUGCUUUUGAACUCUAACUAUUAUUUGGCACCACUGUGGAUUUUUCAUUGGUAAACGCGAAGUUGUCUAGAGAGCAGUAUAACUAUGAGGGAAAUAUAUAAUAGUGCAUCAGUUGUGUUACGGAUGUAAAAAUCAUAUUAAUUUUCUCCACAAAGAAACUGAUUUUAAGGAUAACUUGCUACUGUGCUUUUCUUGAAGCAUAUUUUAUGUCUUUUUAUUUUUUUUAAGUGUGUUGUCAAACGAUUAAUCGCGAUUUAAAUCGCAUCCAAAAUAAGCUUUUGUUUACAUAAUAUGUGUGUGUACUGUUUAUUUAUUAUGUAUAUAUAGAUGCGCAUGUAUACAUUUCAGAUUUCUCUCUCUCUCUCUCUCUCUCUCUCUCUCUCUCUCUCUAUAUAUAUAUAUAUAUAUAUAUAUAUAUAUAUAUAUAUACUGUAUUUGUGUAUAUUUAUAUAUAUACUGUAUUUGUGUAUAUUUAUAUAUAUACUGUAUUUGUGUAUAUUUAUAUAUAUACUGUAUUUGUGUAUAUUUAUAUAUACAUAAUAAAUAUACACAGAACAUAUAUUAUGCAAACAAAAACCUUUAUUUUGGACGCAAUUAAUCGAUAUUAAUCAAUUUGACAGCACUAAAAGAUAGCAGCUGAUGAAAACCACAUUACCCAUGAUUCUGCAAAGAAAUCUCCUCCAGCUAGAGAACUGCUGUCAUGAAGCACAGUAAAUGAGGCAGGAUCAGUUUCCCUAUGCUAUCAAACACUAAAACUUUUGCAUAUUUAAAUGAAUAAUUUGAUGUUUCUUCGUCAUUUGUGAUUUGAUUCCUGUCAUUCACAUUCCUGCAUGGAACUGUAGUUAUUUCCACUCAUUAAAACUGAUGAAGACUUUCUAAAAAACUCACUAUGGGAAAUAUGAAUGAAAAAAAAAACACUUCUGGAACCAAGGCUGAAACACUGAAAUUCAACAUUUACACACUUUUUCACACACACACAAUAUAUAUAUAUAUAUAUAUAUGUAUAUAUAUAAGUAUAAAUUAUUCAUUGACAAGGUUUUUGUUUAUUUGUGGAAGCAACAUAAGGGAUGCCAAAGAGGCAUAUACAUUAUAUUGAAAUAAUAAAACCCUGACAAUAUAAGUUAAAUGUUCUCAUUUAAUUAAAAUACAUUUUUACAUUUUAUUAUAUAGGUUGUUUAAAACAGGUCAGGGACAGCAUGCAUAACACAGCAGUGGCGUUCUGGAAAAAAUCAUCUGAGCGAAUAAUUCAAUGACUCACUCCUAAAGAUGGUGACUUUGUAAUUCUUGAAUGAAUUAAAUGAAUCAGUUAAGCAUUGCCUGUUUAGUAGAACAGUGUUUGAUAUGGGCCACAUUUAAAAGGUCAUAUGAACAACUUAAAAAAAACACUGCUUUUGAAAAUUAAUUGGGCACUUUGGCUUGCAGUGUGAACUGGUGUUAAAACCCCUCAGUGACUGUUGUAGAAUAAUGUAGAAGUAACUUGUCUGUGGUUAAGACUGCAGGAGUAUCUAGCUCCACAGUUAAAAAAUUAAUCUCAGAGGCCAAGUGAUCACCAUACACAUUUGUCAGCACUAAUGAUGAGUCGAGCUUUGGGAAAUAAUAUAUUGUGUCAUCUGCAUCAUGCUGUGUUGUUGAGUCUCUCACUGUUCAUUUGAGCUAUUAUUAGUAGGUUACAACGACUUCUUUUGAACUAGAACAGUAACAGUCCUCCAUUAGCUGUUUAUUUCGGUCGUGUCCCACUUGCUGUGUGGUCACUACCCUCUGUCCUGCUCCAGAUAAACUGACCGUCAGUAGUCAUGAAGCAACUCCACAGUUAUCAUCUAAGAAACCAGGCUGUGCUUGGAUUAUCAAAGGGGAUUCUUGUUGAAAAAUGACAAUAACGACACAGGGCCUGUGUCGAAAGAAAGAAGAGCUGCAGAAAAAAGGAAAAGCAAUGGGUUGUGGUCAAAACAGAUUAGUCCAGACUCUGUGAUGAGACUGCCACUGUCUGGAAAAGUCCCUGCGGUGGGUUUAGCUGAGGAGGAUCCCACAUCAGUCAAGGUGAAAUACACGCUCCAGCAGCACUUUAAAGCAGCCGUGCACUAGGCGCUGGUGUUGUUUUGUACACCUCUUCUAAACCCACAUAGAGAUGGCAAAGAUGUGAGCUAAUAUUAGCAAUGUCAGUUCUGCACAACCAGACUUUUACUGUUUUUUUCAAGCAUAACACUGCAGGUAAAUAUGGUUGUCGCUCCUCAUUAAUUACUUUUGAUGUAAUUUGUUAUUACAGUGGAAUUAUACACAAAGAUUGUGCUAGAAAAUGGCAGGAAUGUAUCUCUUUUGCAAAUGCUGACACCUGUCUCUUCACUGCAGUUUUCUGCCUUGAGGUCACCAGAGAUUUUGAGCAAUGAGGGGCUGUUCACACAAGAUGUAUGCUUUUUUUUAUAGCAGCUAGAUGGAAAGCAAAAUGCUGUUUAUAUAUAUAUCAUAGCGGAACUAUGAACAUGACACAACAUCUUCAAAAAUAUGGGGGGGGGGGAUGUAAAUGUAUUUUAUUUAUAUUUUAUCACCAGUACCUUCUCAGUUUUUUUUACUCAUGCACAUUGUAGCCACAUUUUGAGCUUUCGAUCAGUUCAUAAAAUCUGAUAUUGGUAUCCAAUGCUAUUUCAUGACCAAUUAAUACAUAUUUUACAAGAUAGUUAAUUCGUACAAUCUCAGUUGUUUGAUUUGUCUAGUCUCCAUUGAUGGGUAAAGUUUAGGGACAGAAUUAGGGGAAGGUCAUUCAUAUGAAUUCAUACGUUUGUAUGAAAAAAAUUACAAUUUAGCAGAAAAAAUACAAAUGAGAAUUCAUACGAAUUGGAAAAAUAUGAAUCGGUUUGGGGUAUUAGACAUGGCACAGUCCGAAUUCUCUUUCUUAAAAUAGUUUACAUUUGGCAUGCAGUGUAAAUCUCCAUAAUCUGUCAGCCGAUCGGUCUGUCAGAUCUGAGUCACACUGAUAUCUGCAAAACUAUCUCCAUGGCUACGAUCACAAAUCAAAUCCAUUCUGAUGGUUGAAUGACACUCAAAAGAAAAAUAUGGCACUUUAUAGGUCAACGAGUCCUCUAGGAAUAUUAGAGGUCCUGUUGUAUGUGCUGAAUUAAUAUUACCUUGAUUGUAUUACAGGAUGAGCUUUAAAACCGGAGAUAUCUGACACUAAGUCCAAGUUCAGGCUCUAUUCCUGCUGUAAUGUAAUGAGCGAGCAUUGCACCUGUCUUUUUAUACUUCGUUUACGGCAGUUAGUCUUUAUUAGUAGUGACAUGACUGAUGUGAGAUGAGAGGUGGCAGAAUUGAUAUUUGGAGAAAAACACCAUGCAGUGUAAUGUAUUAGAGGUCUUCUCCUCAUUUUAUGGAUGCCAUCGUACUAAAGUUCAUUACACAAGCUAAAAACGACAUAAAACCCAUUACUCUGCUUGCAAGAUUGAGAAUGUAGUUAAGAAUGUCCAUCUUUUUUUAUACCAAAGUUGUGUUUAACUUCCAUUAUCUUUUGAAUCCCUGACAUUCAGUAACUAGAAAGAGGGAAAACCUCCCAUACUUGCUUUUGGUUUUUCUUAUCUGAUCAGGGGUGCGUUUCCCAAAAGCAUAGAUGCUAAUCUGUUAGCAAUUUAGUUGGCUGGCAAUGGGAAAUUGUAUUGCAACUAACAAAGUUUCUAACUUAGUUAGCAACUAUGCUUUUGGGAAACACACCCCUGUCUGGAAGAAUGUGUUGUGAUCUGUGAGAUUGUCUAAAUGUGUCGUGCUAUUAAUGAUGUUCAAUGCAUUGUGUAUAUUGUCUGUUUUAUGCUUGUAAAAAAAAAAAAAGCACAUUAAGGUCAAACUGCUGUGUGAAUGCUUUGGUCAGCGGGGUUGUUUGAUUUUUACAUGUCUAGAUUGCUUAAUAAAAGAUGGUGAUCUGAAAAUAA